AAUUGGUUCCAACUAUUGAAAUUUUUUGUAAUUCAUUAAAUAGGCUGAUUAUAUGCACUCAAAUUGAUGAUUUUCAAUCGAAAUAUUAGAAUUUUUUUUAGUUGUAUGCUUAUCCCAUUUGUAGAAAACAAGGGUAUAGGACAUUAAUUAUUAAAAAAAUAAAAAGAAAACAACAACAACAAUUUGAUUAAGGGGGAGAUUUGACUCAUCUUUUUUUUUUUUUCUUGUCCAAGCAAAAAGCUUAUUUAUUUAUAAAAUUUCGUAAGAGACUUAAAAUGAAAAACAUCCUCAUUCAUGCAUAUUGAGAGUAUGAUAUUUGAGGGGAGAAAAAUCAAAACAAAAGUAUGUGAUGUAAGGGAAGGUCCACAUGCCAAACUGAUAACAAUCUCUCUCAAUAUCUUAACCUCACAUUUAUAGAAAAAGAAAGAAUUAGGCAACUGUGUUAAUUGUUUCUGCAAUUAUAUGUACACCCAAGAAAAGGAAAAAGAAAAAGGAUUUUGAGGUUGAUGAAUAUGUUGUCAAAACCAGCACUCAUAGACUUGUUUUAUGCUGCUAGAUUUUCUGACUUGGGUCAUGUUCGGAUUCAGAAAUAGAAUAUUAUUAUAUGGACUCUGAUAAUAAUAGAAAUAAUAAAAAUGUGGGCCCUGUUUGAAUUUAAAACGGCUCAAACACUGUCCAAGCAAACUCAUAAAGUCAUAAUUAAUCAACCUAAUCAAGAUGGGAGUCUCAAGCUCUCAAUAUCUGAACGAGUUUUGCUAAAACACGAUUGUUUUAAAUACAGAGGGCCCGAACAUGAGCAUGACAUGCAGACAUUAAGUUGUUUGUAUCAUAGAGAGAAAGGAUUGAUUAACUAAUAGUUGUGCGCAUUUGUUGUAAAAUAUUAAAUUUUUAAUUUUAAUUAUCUAAACUUUUGUGAUAGUACCCAAAUUCUAAAGAUUCAAGCAAUUGAAAUGAUUGAAACAACCAACUAAAUGUCAUACUCCCUAACACGUAGCCUACUUUGCACAACCGGAACCAAUUCAUCAAAUUAAGAACAAUUUACUUCUUGAAGGAGAUGUGAAUAGAAUGGAGAUUUUGAGUGUAAAUGUUGUGUUGCUAUUAAUUGGUAUGCUGUCUGUCACCAUCUUUACGAAUGUCAUUGGCUUAUAAAAAUGACCCAGAUCGGAGAGAGCUGUCACUGCACCAUAUGGCAAUAUCUUUACAGCCUGGCUGCUGUUUUUUCCUUCUAUGUCUUUCUUUCUCUAUCUCUGUCCUAAACUCCCCAAUCUGCUACCUGGUAUCAUUAUCCAAAACGAAACGGGGACCCUUGGCACAGUUAAAAUAUUCCACCUUUGCUCCUCUACCCUUAGGUAACGGUGAAACUGGAUUUUGUUGAUGCACCGACAUGUAAUGAACUGAUGGAAGCGAGUGAUGUCGCCACGUGUAAUGCAAUGAACAUGUGUACAUCAAGGGAAGAAAUCGUCCUGCAAAACCUUCAAGCAAUGGUAGACAACAAUCUUUCCCUGAAUGCAAACAAGGCAGCAAUUAACCGUAGUACUUUUCAUGUCGUUGAAUGGGAAUUCAAAGCUAAAGGCUGUCAGCCGUCACAGCCCAUUCUUGCACGCACUUGGAUUAUAGAAUAGUUAAUGAAACAAUUCUAUUUAAAGCAUAUGUUGAUACAAGUAUGUGGUCAGCAUUCAAACUUUAACAGAGUAUUAUUUCAGGUGCCAGUUGAUUCCUUGAUAGGUAAGACAGUUGGACUUUACUUCUCAGAGGAACGGUGCUUUCCAUGUGUUAAGUUCACUCCCAAGCUGAUAUCCGUUUACCAGAGAAUCAAGCAAAUGUUGGAAGAAAAAGGUGGUGAGGAUUUUGAAAUUGUUUUCGUGUCAAAUGAUCGUGAUCAAAGUUCGUUUGACUCGUACUUUGCUACCAUGCCAUGGCUAGCGUUGCCUUUUGGAGACCCCACUGUUAAAAGCCUUGCAAAGUACUUCGAUGUGCAAGGCAAUCCUUGUUUGAUAAUUAUAGGUCCUGAUGGCAAAACAAUAACGAAGCAAGGUAGAAAUCUUAUAAAUCUGUACCAGGAAAAUGCGUACCCUUUCACUGUUGCCCAAGUGGAGUUGCUAGAGAAAGAAAUUGAGGAGGCAGCUAAGAGCUUACCAAGAUCCGAGUAUCAUGCAGGUCAUUGCCAUGAGCUUACAUUGGUAUCAGAAGGCACUGGAGGAGGUCCCUUUAUAUGCUGCGAUUGUGAUGAGCAAGGGUCUGGUUGGGCUUACCUAUGUCUGGAAUGUGGGUACGAGGUGCACCCCAGGUGCAUGAGACCUGUGGCACCUGCAGGCUCAAUUGAAGGCAGUAAAGAAAAUGUGUACUGGAAGCUGGGACGUGAUGUUGGAAUUUUUUCCUCUCCCUUCUUCGGUCACUUUAACAUCACAUUCGUCUCAUCGCUGCUCAACUGAAGGUCACACGUAAGUGGCAAGCUCAGCUCUCCGAUGUCCAAACUAAUAAGAAUCAACCAAAGGAAGCUUCUAUGAAGUUUCUUUUUUGAAGAAAUAGGCUUGGGGAAGCCUUUUUGCUUUUGGAAUCUAUAAACGUAAUAAAACAAGAAAAAAUUACUACAAAAUCAAUUAGAAAGAACAAUAAUAAAACCGUUUGUUAAGCUACUAAUAAUUACUACUGCUAUUUUGGGCAGCCUAAAGUGCUACAACUAUAGUCUAUCUAUAAAAUAAUUGAAAUUGUUCAUAGGCUUUUGAAGAAGCUAUGACAAGAAGAAGAGGAUAUACUUCGAUGAUGCCAUGGUCAUCUUGAUUGCCACGUUGCAUAAUACAAAAAAUAUCUAUUGAAAACAUUGUCCUAGUGGGACAGGUAUAGAUAUGAAUU